GAUUCAUAGCUAAAGUAGACGGUCCGCCAUAUUGAUUAUUUAUUUAUUUGCAAAAGUCAAAAAUGCCGCUAAAAUUCCGAUCGCGUACGUGUUGAUAUAAAAUAAAAUUUUUGCUCAAAGUUAAUUUUUGUAUCAAAUUUAAUUAAGAGGUCAUAAAAGGUGGUCUAUCAAAAUGAAAUCUUCAAUGCAGUAUUACAUUCUGGUCAUCAUAACAGUGGGAAUAUACUUCUUCGCCUCAAAAUUAAUCUUCGAUAAAGUCAACGAGACAUCACAAGUAGUGGUCGACGAACUAUUCCACAUCCCGCAAGGCAAAUCCUUCUGUGAAGGCAACUUCAGCUACUGGGACCCCAAAAUAACCACAUUGCCUGGACUCCAUCUAACAUCCACCCUCUUUGUUAGUUACUUUUUUGCUUGUAACACAUACAAUUUACGUUUCGUCAAUUUGGUUGCCUCAUGCUUCAAUUUGAUAUUGUUUGCGUCAAUACUUAAGUUUAUAUAUGGUAAUUAUAAUGAGAGUCAGUUUAAAAUAGUCUUGCAAGCAUUAAGUCUAGCGUUACUACCUCCUCUAUAUUUUUUUUCACAUGUUUACUAUACUGACACACUGUCUUUGUUAUUCUUAUUGCUGUUUUCUCGUGUCUGUUUUGCAAACAAAGGGAAAUGGCUGAUUUUACUGUUCGGAAAUCUGAGCUUUGGGAUGAGGCAAACGAACAUUGUCUGGGUGGCCAUGGUAUUUGGACACAAACUAUUAGAUCUAUUGGUGAGAUCUUCACGUGUCUACGGCAAUCGCUAUCUAACUAAAACAUUGUUGAGUAAACGGUCAUUGAUUUCAAAUGAUAUAGAUUCAUCUAAACUCAAAAGAUAUUACACAGUCAUGGAUGUUGUUGUAGCGUUAAAAUUCCACUUGACUACUUGUUUUAGAGCUGCAUUCAAAUUGGUACAGUUGCCAGAUCUGUAUGUUAUCCUGCAAUUGAAGAGUGUAUUGCUUUCGUUUAUGUUAUUUUUAUAUGUCAACGGAUCUAUUGUUAUUGGUGAUAAAAAAGCUCAUGUAGCGACAAUACAUAUACCACAGUUAUUGUACUUUUUGUUGUUUUACGGAGUGUUUGGUUUACCGUACAUCCUCGCGAAGUUCAUAUCGACUGUCAAACUCAUUUUGAACAAUAAAUUGAAUGUCAUAUUGCUGAGUGCUGUAUUUGCAAUAGCAGUACACUAUAAUACAAUAGUUCACCCAUAUUUGCUUGCUGAUAAUCGUCAUUACACCUUCUAUGUUUGGAAUCGUUGGUUUGGGAAACAUGAUUUUGCGACAUAUGCGACAAUACCGGUGUAUAUUUUCUUACUGUUCAGUCUGUAUGAUAAUUUGAAAGAUCAAAAUUGUAUAACUUUCUUGCUACCGUAUACUGUUUGUUUAUUUUUUGCUUUAGCGUUACAGAGGUUGGUUGAAAUAAGAUAUUUUCUAAUACCGUACAUUAUAUUGAGACUGAGGUUUGUGCGUCCAUCUGUGUAUGUAGUUCUGUUGGAAUUCCUCUGGUAUGUAGCAAUAAAUGCAGUCACAUUCUAUAUAUUCUUCACAAAGGAAAUAAAGUGGGACGAUUUUGGUGAAGUGCAAAGAAUAAUUUGGUGAUUAAACUUUAGAAAAAUUAUUAAUAAUAAAGAAAUAUUUUUCUAUUCAAUGCUUCCAAAAAGUAUAAGAAUAAUAUGUACAUACAUAAGACAUAAUAAGAAAUUCUGUAAACUUUAACUACAUUCCAUAGUAAAAUUGUGUCUGCUAUGAACAAAGCAAAACGAUUUAUAAGCCUAUAUAGAAUUAUGUUUUUGUAAUUUUUUUUUAAUAAUCUAACCAACUAAAUCAAAAAUGACUGUUUUUGUUAUCUUUAGUUAAAUUUUCUUGUCUAGUUUUUCUUUAUUAUUUGAAUUAUCUCAGUUCAUUUAUAAUUUGCAUUUAAAACUAAUUAGUGUGGAUAAAUUGGAGUUAGUAUAAGGAGUUAGACUUAGUGCCCGCAAUAGCCAGACAUACCCUAUUCCAUGAAGGCAGAAAAGUUUCUCAUUUCGAGAAGGCCAAAAAGUUGAUCAUUUUUUGAAGGCCAAAAAGUUUACCAUUUUAUGAAGGCCAUAAAGUUUCAUAUUUCAUUAAGGCCUUAAUGAAAUAUUGGCUACACACGGCUGGCACGCCGACACAAAAAUCGAGGAUGUCACGUUCAAAGCCAAUUUAAAUAUUAAUUAAUUGAUUUAAAUUCUAAAAAAGCCAAUUAAAUAAUUAUUAUUUACCAAGUUUUGCUGAUUCUUUCAUAUCUUUUGUCAUGGUAAUAGAAAAAGUAUUGUAUGCCACUGCAUGUAAUUAGCGAUUGAAGCACUCGUGAUGUCAAUAGGGUAGUUGGCUCAUAGUUUCGCGGCUGUCAAAAUGUGGUAUGUCUGGCAAUUGCAAUAUUGUAUAGAAUGUGUUUUUUGUUGUUUAUUAGUAAAGUCGCCAUUUAUUUUUAAAAUAGUGAUAGAUACAAUAUGUAAGUAUAUUUAAUUAAUGUAUAAAUGUUCAGUAUGUGUUUAUAUCAUUUAAUGGUAUUAGGUAUGCUAAAAUUUUUUGUCUGUGUGUCUGAUCAUUUGUCUGGGCUAACUCUGGAAUGGCUAAACCAAUUUUAAUGGCAUCAAUUGAAGAUAAAGGAUGUAAGUAGCUACUGAGUGGUAAAGUAUUUUAUUCCUCUAGCACCCACUUCUAGGGCGUGCAAAUUAAUCACAGCCACUUUAGUUCGUAUGUUUCAAUACUAGCGUGAAAACCAUGUUUUUUUUGUGAUAAAGAGUUUUGUUUCAAGGUUAAAUUUUUCCUUAUACAAAAUUACAUUCAAAUGGUCCAAUGCUUUAGCCGUGAAAAGGUAACACUCAGCCAGACAUACAGACAUACUGCACAUUUAUAAUAUUAAGAUGGAUAUAAUAAUUUAGUUGCAAAGUGGUGCAGAGCCCAAAACUCUAUUCUUGUACAUAUUAUAUUUGAAUUAAGUAAUGUUUGUUGAGAGAGAGAGUCUUGUUUAUUGAGAGUAUUUAAAAAAUAUUUUUUCAAUUUAACUAAUAAAUACUAUUUUUGUAUGCUAUAUCUUAAAUGUUGUUAUUUGUGUGUUAAAAAAUUGUUUAGUUUGUAAGAAUAGUUAUUGAUAAUCGUAAUUAAUUAAGCAUUUAUUAUUUGUAUGACAUUUGUGUUGGUAUUUUUUCUAAAUUUUCGUGUAAUUGGCAAUUUGUGACAAAUACAGAGGAGUUUAUAUUUGUAAUCUUUAUAAUUCUAUUGGGAUAUUUAAAGUCAAAUAUAAGUUUGUUCUGUGUC